AUGUUGAAACGCAAUGCCCAGGGGCCUCAGGGGUCCAAGGAUGGUGACGGUGGAUUUGGGAUGGGCACGCCAGAUGACAAGCCCUCCAGGGCGACUGCAGCCCAGCUGGCGAGUAGAAAGAUCAAAGAUGUCCGUAAACGUCGCGCUCCCACGCCAAGCGGAGGCGCAUCUGAUACAGGUUCAUUCAACCCCUUCGCCUCCACUGCUCCAGCUGCGCCGGCAGCCUCGGCUCCUUCAUCCGCGGGAUUCACAUUUGGUCAACAAAGUCAGAGCUUCCCCGGCGCAAGCGCAGCGCCUGCGCCUACUCAGAGUGGCAUGUUCUCAUCGGGGGCGAACGGCUCAUCUGGCUUCAGCUUCGGCUCUGGUCCUACCUCUUUCGGUUCCCCGCCACCGAGCAAUCCGUUCUCUGUGAGCACAUCAUUUGGAGGAAACACUCAGCCGAGCACCAAUGGGUUCAGUUUCGGGGGGUUCAAUGCUGGCGGUCAGGGCUCUCAGUCCUUCCCCGGUUUCGGUGCUCAACAGAACACAAGCACGCCAACGAAAUCUGGGAUGUUCGGGCAGCAGACUGCUGCUUCCCCUGCCGAUGACAGCAUGCAAACCUCACCGGAUGCCAAGCCAAAGUCGAUGUUCGCAUCUCAGCCAGCUGUCGGAGGAACAGCCCCUACCAAUCCAUUCGCAACUCUCUCAGGUCAGGGAGCAUCCAACAUUUUCGCGCCCAAGACAACCACCACAGAAGGGACGGCCUCCAAGCCCGCCGAAGCACCAGCCUUCAAACCUCUCUUUGGUGCUGCAGCAUCGAAUCCUUCAACAGGAGAGAAAGAGACACCGGCAGUGAAUAUCUUUGCGCCCAAGACAACCACCACAGCUGAGACGGCUACCAAGCCUGCUGAAACUCCGGCUUUCAAGCCUCUCUUUGGUGCUGCAGCAUCGAAUUCCUCGCAGGGAGAGAAGGAGAAACCGACAGCGAGCAAUCCAUUCGCGAAUAUUUCGGCUCAGGCCUCAACCAGCACCAACCUAUUUGGCGGGAAGACACCGACAGAAGAAACACCCGCAAAGCCCACAGAGGCAGCUAAGCCUUUCGGGUCCUUAUUCGGGGCAACCACAACGCCGAAGGCCUCAGAGCCUGUUGGCAACUUAUUUGCAUCCAAACCUGCUGGUGACGGAUUGGCACCUAGCAAUCCAUUUGCGAACCUAUCAGGUCAGAGUUCAUUGAGUGGUCUGUCCUCACCAAAGGUCAAUGGGUCUGAGAGUGCUGCAAAGCCUGUGGCUGAGAGUCCAUUCAAGUCAAUGUUUGGUGCGCCUGCAACAUCGAAGCCUGCGGAUGCUGAAAAAGAAAAGCCAAGUCAGUCGGCAUUUGGCAAUAUGUUUGCGCCCAAACCGGCUGCUGAUACGGCUGACAGGCCUGCUGAGCAGACACCCUUCACGUUUGGUGCGUCUGCGACGCCGAAGCCUUCAGAGGGCGAGAAGGAAAAGCCAGCAUCCAGUAAUUUGUUUGCCUCAAAGCCUGCAGCGACUCCAUCGUUCGGGUCAUUGUUCGGUGCGUCUUCCAGCUUGUCGAAGCCUGAGGAGGGACAGACAACUCCAGUCAAGCCUAGCAAUCCAUUUGCGAACUUGUCGGGACAAACACCUGCUGGGAAUCCAUUUGCGCCUAAGUCAGUAUCUUCGGAGCAAACUUCAGCUGAAACCCCCGAACCAUCUCCAUUCAAAUCUCUCUUCGGGUCAAGUUCGGUUGCAAAGCCGGUGACAAAGGAAACAGGUGUAGAGGGCAAUGAUACUGUAAAUGCAGAGAAGAAGACCCCAAACAACACUGGUCCUGUGUCGCAGAACACAACUUCAGCUCCAGCCGCUCCUUCCUCCGUGACAGCUUCCGGUGUUCCUUCCUCCUCUUCUUCCAAACAGAGCGCGUCCACGUCUUGUUUACCUGGAACCCCAACAUCAAUCUUUCCUUCUUCUUCUUCCUCUUCCUCUUCUCUCCCGCCAUACAUUCUUCCACCAGAUAUUCUUUCUGCUCCACUGGACUUCUCCAACCCAGACAGUCUUUUACCAAAACCUGACACACCUGUUACCUCUGAUCUUCCUGAUCUCAACGCAGACAUGCCUCUCGGACACUCCCAGUGGGGUGACCACAAGCGUAUCAACAACCUUGUUUACUGUCGUUACAUGACCCAUGCCUUCAAGGCUGAAAUCGCGAAGCUUGAUCCUGAACAGGACUGUCCCGAUGAUAUCAUCAUGCUUUACGCUGAAAUGCGCCGUAACAUUGGUGUCCCAAUUGGCUCCAGUGACCUGAUUGAACAUGAGCUUACCUUUGGCUCGAUACGUCCCGACCCUACUCACCCUGAAAACAUCAAAUCUGCGGCUGAGCGUGCCGCUGCCGCCUCCGCUCAGGAUGCUGCUCCUGUGACUGCCACCACCACUUCACAGACUGGUUCUUCUGUUGCUGCCACCGCCGCUCAGGAUGCUGCUCCUGUCACUGCCACUACCACCUCACGGGCUGGUUCUCCUGUUGCUGCCUCAACUGCUCCUCCGGCUAUGCCUCAGCCUGUGAAUGAUACCUCCAGCACUGUCGAUGCUUUCGCCCGAUCUUUCUCAUCUCCUGUUCCCGCCACUGCUCCUACUGCCACUGCUUCCACCUCUGCCACUCCAGCCAUGUCUGCCUCCGUUAACGGGCUUGCCUCGACUCCAGCUACUACCUCGGCUCCUAGCUUCGGUGCUGGUGGCUUCAGACCCUCUGCCUCUGCUGCGGCUUUCACUGCUCCUACUGCCACUUCUUCUACCUCUGCCACCCCGGCCAUUUCUGCUUCCGCUAACGGUCUUGCCCCAACUCCAGCUACUGCCUCGGCUCCUAGCUUCGGUGCUGGCGGCUUCCGACCCUCCGCCCAGGCCCUUGCCGAUUCCCAAAAAAUCUCGGAAAUGCCCAACGAUCCCAUGUCUGAAAACUCCGACUCUGAAGUCUCCGACUCUGAAGAUGAAGAUGAUCUUGCUUUCAAAGCUAAGGUAGCUGCUCAGUCCAAGAUGCGCACUAUCUAUGUUCCUGGUGAGGGCUUCAAGACCGUCCCAGCUGAUGAAGCUGCUCCUGCUGCCCCUGCUGCUUCAACUGUUUCCGCUGCGCCUGCUCCCGCUUCUGCUCCCCCUGCGAGUCCCGCUCCUUCUUCUUCGCUUCUCUUUGGCGUCCCUGCUAGCGGCGACAGUUCCGCUGGCUCGUCCAUAUUUGGCAAUGCUCCUUCCAGCUCAACCUCGUCCAUCUUUGGCGGCUCUACCAAGCCAGUUCCUUCUACUCAGAACAUCUUCGGCGGACUGAAGCCUACAUCACCCAAGCGCAAGGCCGACGAUAGCGACAGCGAGGAUGACUCCCCGGCCAAGAAGCCCAAGCCUUCGCCUCCUUCUGCUCCUACUGCUCCUCCUGCUGGCAGUCUCUUUGGUCGCAUCUCAGCGCCACCUCCAUCAAGCACGGGUCAAAACCUCACAUGGAAGCCUAACACGCCAAUUCAGUUUGGCAACUCACAGCCUGCAAAUGGCGCUCCCGCUGCUACUCCCGCUCCCGCUGCACCGCAGCUCGCCACUGCCGCCGCUGAUGACGAAGAGGGUGAGCCUGGUGAAAUUUUCGACCUUGCGCAGGGCAACGGCGGUGAAGAAGAUGAGACCGUCGUCUUCGAGGAGAAAUGCCGAGCUUUCAAGCUCACUACUGGCUGGACAUCCCAGGCCACUGGGCCUGUCCGCCUGCUCAAGCACCCCGUCACCGGGCGUGCCCGCAUUGUUAUCCGUGCCGAGCCCAGCGGAAACGUGGUGCUGAACACCCUCCUGAAGAAGGAGUUGGUCUACUCAAUGACCACUAACAGUGUUCAGUUGAUGGUGCCAGUCGAGGGUGGCAAGGCCACACAAUGGGCUGUCCGCGUAAAGCGAGAGAAACUCAAUGAGUUUUUCAAUCUAGUGCAAGAGAUCAAGAACUAG